AAAGAACACGAGAGAAUACACACAGGUGAGAAGCCUUACCACUGCUCCCAGUGUGGAAAGGGUUUCAGCCAGCCGGCGAAUCAGAAACGGCAUGAGAGAAUACACACAGGGGAGAAGCCUUACCACUGCUCCCAGUGCGGAAAGAGUUUUAACGAUUUAGGGAACCUGAAAAAACAUGAGAGAAUACACACAGGGGAGAAGCCUUACCACUGCCCCCGGUGUGGAAAGUGUUUCAACUGUUCAGGGGAGCUGAAAAACCAUGAGAGAAUACACACAGGGGAGAAGCCUUACCAUUGCUCCCAGUGUGGCAAGUGUUUUAAACAGUUAGGGAACCUGAAAGAACACGAGAGAAUACACACAGGUGAGAAGCCUUACCACUGCUCCCAGUGUGGAAAGGGUUUCAGCCAGCCGGCGAUUCUGAAACGGCAUGAGAGAAUACACACAGGGGAGAAGCCUUACCACUGCUCCCAGUGCGGAAAGAGUUUUAACGAUUUAGGGAACCUGAAAAAACAUGAGAGAAUACACACAGGGGAGAGGCCUUACCACUGCUCCCAGUGCGGAAAGAGUUUUAACCAUUUAGGGGACCUGAAAAACCAUGAGAGAAUACAAACAGGUGAGAAGCCUUACCACUGCUCCCAGUGUGGAAAGGGUUUCAGCCAGCCGGCGAAUCUGAAACGGCAUGAGAGAAUACACACAGGGGAGAAGUCUUACCACUGCUCCCAGUGUGUAAAGUGUUUCAACCAGCUGGGGGAGCUGAAAUGGCAUGAGAGAAUACACACAGGGGAGAAGCCUUACCACUGCUCCCAGUGUGGAAAGAGUUUUAACAAUUUAGGGAACCUGAAAAAACAUGAGAAAAUACACACAGGGGAGAAGCCUUACCACUGCUCCCAGUGUGGAAAGGGUUUUAACCAUUUAGGGAACAUGAAAAAACACGAGAGAAUACACACAGGUGAGAAGCCUUACCACUGCUCCCAGUGUGGAAAGGGUUUCAGCCAGCCGGCGAAUCUGAAACGGCAUGAGAGAAUACACACAGGGGAGAAG